GCGACGGCGUUGUCUCCGCGUUCGGCCCUCGAACGCUCCCGCGUCCGCGUCCGCUGAGGAGACCGGGCCCGGCCGGCGGGGGCCGGCAUGGGUUGAAAUUGGAGCCUGACCCCCAACCUGAAGGCAGCCAGCAUCAUGUGGUUACCACCUGCUCUUCAUUUACCUGUUUAUGCCUCCCAAAAAAAGACACCAAAGACGGUCCCUGAAAGCCCAGCUGCUCUUCCAGCAGCAGCCACUGGAGGGCCCCAAAUACCACUAUGCUUCUCCACAGCCUCCGGCCACGCGGACGGUCCAGGUGCCCAGCAAGCCCAUCGACCACAGCUCCAUCACUUCCUGGGUCUUACCACAGUUUGAUACCACAGCAGAGUGCCAGUUCCCUGCCUGCCGGAAGCAUCACCGACACCAGGCAAGACAUUCAAGUCGGAAAUCCGCCGGCAGGUUUCCACAGCUGCCCUUCGAGGUUGCACGGUCCCCCAGUUCAGAGACCCUGGGGAUCCCGCCCAUCCCACAGGACCCCCGUCAGCCUGAAAAGGCCGUUUCCAGAAGAAAGCCUUUAGUUCCCCUGCUCAGCCCCCAGAGCUCUGCGGAAGCGUCGGUAUCACCCCUCCACAGCCUACCUCAUGUCUUCAUCCCACCCGAAAUCCAGACCCCCGCAUCUUCUUUCAUCCUCCCAGACCAGAAGGAAAACAGCCUCUCCACCCACAUCCUCCGCACCCCCACUGGCAAGAGCCGGGAGCCCGGCCCCGUUCUGGUGAAAGACACUCCCGAGGAGAAGUACGGGGUGAAGGUCACGUGGCGGAGGCGGAGGCACCUGCUGGCCUACCUAGCCGAGAGAGGGAAGCUGAGCAAGAGCCAGUGCCUCGUGAAGAGCUGAUGGCACCCCCCCCCAUGCACCCUCCCCCCCCCC